CACUUUCAAGUUUCUGUUGGUCGCUUGUGUAUAUACCGCCAAGUGAAACAAGUGCCGGACUGAUAUAGUGGUAGACCACCAAGUUGAAAUGGAACAUCACAGCUGACCGACCUGUGGACCGGCACUUCCAAAUGUUUGUUUUUGUUUCCUUUUCAGGACAGAGACAGAAUUCUGACAAUGUCAUACUCAAAUAAGGAAAUUCUCGAACGUGCCCGAGAGGUGCUGAAGGAAAGCGAGGACGGUCUGUUUGAGGGGGUGACGUACUUCAUAACCGGAACCGUUCCAGAUCAACCUCGGAUGUUCCACAAGAUCAAACAUGUAGAAUUGAGUGACAGUGACGUCAUCUUGGACGGUUACCCCAGGUCUGGGAAUCACUGGAUCUUUGAGGUCGUCGGGGCGAUCUUGAAUCAGGACAUUGGAAACGAGAAAGAUGAUUUUCUUUUUCGUCUCUUGGAUUUCAUGGGUGAUGACGUUGAAUCGCGCAUACACAGCCUUCCAGCUCCUAGAAUGAUCAGUUCACAUCUGUGGGUGUCACGUCUUCCCGAAAUAAUCCAGCAGGGUAACGUCAAAAUAGUCUACAUUCUGAGAAAUCCAAAAGAUGCACUGGCAUCCUGGUAUCAUCUGCUGAAAGAAAUUAAGUUGCCUUAUGGUUUCGCAGGAACCUGGGGAGAGUUCUCUGAGCUUUCGCUAUCUUCUGCGUCCAGGUUGUACCCAUCUGAUUUCUGCUCUAUGAUGUCCCUCUGCCAUCUUCACUGUGGUGUUCCCAAAGGAGAGGACGUGGCAAUUCACUUUUAUAGAAAACGCUUUAUCAUUUGCUUUUUCGCUAGCUGUUCGAAGGUAUUGGAGUGUGAACGUUCCACAAUAAUCAUCUUUUACUGUCAUAAUCACUUGACCUAUAUCCUUUUUUCCCAGUUAGUCGGGGAGAUCCCGUGGGGAUCCUGGUUUGACCACGUCCUCGAGAUGGAGAAGUUUUUGAAGGAAUACCCGGAUAGCCCCGUACACGUCAUUCAGUAUGAGAAGAUGAAGAAAGACCCCGUUAGCGAAAUCAAGAAGCUCUGUGACUUCCUAGGCCGACUGAAUGUGAAUGUUGAAGAGCUAGCUCUCGCAACAAGCUUUGCGCAAAUGAAACAAAACAAGGAUCCUGUUUACAGGCAGAGCGAAGGGACUUUUUGUCACAAAGGCUCUCUUGGUGUGAUGGUCAAAGGAACGAUUGGUGGAUGGUGCGAACGGUUUACUGUGGAUCAGAGCGAACGCUAUGAUAAAGCUUUUGAAGAGAAGAUGAAAGGCAGUAAGCUGGCGGAUAUGGUGAGAGAAUAUAUUUAGGUACGUCUGACUGGUGUUUCGGUUCCGACUUUGAAUACAGAACAACCUUUCAGAAGAAAGUAUGUUUUAAAAGUUGAUUCCAGUUCUUGCUCUGCAUGCUCUACACACGACAGAACAUUACCUCUCAAAUGACCAAAGACUUUUUACCUUUAUGCCCACUGUGCGGAAGAUGGGUAAAUUAUCUGGCAGCUUUUUCAAUACGCCUUGUGCGUGUAAGGUUUACCUUAGUUUUUAUUCAGAUUUGCUGGUAGAUUCCUUUUAGUGUGGAAUCUUUUUCAUGAAAUGUCCAUUCAGUUAGAACUGUGAAGACAAAAAUAACAACAAAGCCAUUCUCACACACUUUUUUGGCUUUACAGACUGGGAAUUAAAAGCCUGAGGAUUUAUUUAGUCGUUGUAUGCCUCAAUAUGGUCUAUGCAUGGAGACCUGAUAAAUGAAUUCAAAUCUUGAUAACUUAAAAAAAACCCAACUAUUGCCCGAUUUUACUGAUUUAAACGGCGGAUUUAAU